CCAAAAGGCAGAAAUGAAAGUUCAAAGAAACAAAUCGACUGGUUGCUGUUUUUCCUAAACGUCAUUUAGAAAGCAGUCAUAUUACGUGCUAUAAAUACUCAACUCCAGAAUCAUCGUUUGCUCACAUUUCUACCCAACUAUUCCAUUACACCUAUAAAGUUUCUUCUAGAGUGUGCAACAUUAUUCCUUUCAACGUUGCCUGAAAAUGGGAUCACGAUACGAAGUUGAAGUAAAAAUAACAUCAGCCAAGGAUUUGAAGAACGUCAACUGGCGUUACGGUCCCCUGAAGCCCUACGCAGUUGUCUGGGUUGAUCCCAAUGCUAAAGGGUCCACUAAGGUCGACGAAGAAGGCGAUACUUCGCCUUAUUGGAACGAAAAACUCGUCAUCCCUUUGAAUUCUCAGAUUGAAGAUUCCACCUUGUACAUCGACAUCGUUCAUGCUAAUUCAGAAGAGGACACCAAGCCUCUCAUCGGAUCCGCUAAGAUUCCUCUUAGAGAAGUCGUCGAUGAUGUUGGUAUAGGCUGUGAGCUGGAGCGUACCCUCCAGCUCAAACGCCCUUCUGGCCGUCCUCAAGGAAAGGUAGAAGUACGGGUUACUGUACGUGAGCCACAGUACUACCGUGCUCGAGAUGCCUAUUACUCACCUCCGUACGGUGUGCCCCCUCCUUCCCAACCUUAUAAUUACGGCGGAGGUUAUGGUGCUCCUUACAGCGCCCCACCUCCACCACCUCCGCCUUAUGGUCAGGCAAGCUAUGGGCAGCCAGCAUACGAUGUGGGAGGAUACGGGCAGCCGGCAUACGGGGACGGAAGCUACGGGCAGCCAGGUGUAGGGUCUGGUUACGAAGAGGAGAAGAAGAAGAGCAAGUUUGGAAUGGGGACAGGAUUGGCUGUGGGUGCAGUAGCAGGGGCGUUAGGUGGACUGGCUAUAGCAGAGGGUAUUGAUCAUUUGGAGGACAAAAUCGCCGAUGACGCAGCGGAGAAAGUGGAGGAAGAUCUCGCCGACGACGACGGUGAUUAUGGCGGAGACGACUUUUAAGCAACAGUCUUUAUUUUCUUUUUAAGUUUCUAUUAGUAAUAAGUUGUUUUAGUGGCGCUCUAUAAAAUUUGUUUUUAGAUUUUGA